CGCAAGAUUCUGCGUGGUCUUCAUCGGAGAAAAAGUUUCUGCUUGUGAAAAUGUUGCAAAUACACAAGUUACUGAUUGUCCUCUCUGUUUCUGGCGCUCUGGCUGAUUGCCCGGGCAAAGCGUCCUUUUUCAUUUCUGCACCGAAGAGCAUUACAGCGCUGGCCGGCUCAUGUCUGCAAAUCCCGUGCAAAUUCGAGGAACUCCAGGUCAACAGCACGGGGAACGCUUACGGGCUGUGGAUCAAAAAUGACUCCAGGUUCGGCAUUGAAGGGAAAAAAAAUGUGGUCUUCAACAGCAGCAGGGCAGUGAACACCUAUCCGCUGAAAAUUACUGGAGAUCUGAGCAAGAAAAACUGCACCACACUGUUUUCUAACCUGACCAGGACACACACAGACUCGUAUUUCUUCAGACUGGAGUGGCUGCCUUUCGCAGCAACAGCUUCCUGUGAUGCUCUUCAAAUAACAGUCAAAGCAUCUCCUUCCAAGCCUUUAUUGAGCGUCUCUGGUGAGCUGAAGGAGAAGGAGUCUGUCACUAUAACCUGCUCAGCUCCCACUCCCUGUCCACACCUCCCUCCUCGACUCACCUGGAGCCUCCAACAAGACGCUCACAGCCAAACAGAGGAAAACACUGAUGGAACUUUAACCACUAAGAUCCAGCAGACCAUCACUCUGUCAGACCAACAUGAUGGAUUCAAGCUCAGCUGCUCUGCUGUGUAUCCUGUUGAUGGAGGACAACAUGUGAAAACAGCUGUGGCAGAGUUCACUCUCAGAGUUUCUUAUGCUCCUAAAGACAUGUCAGCCUCCAUCAGUCCAUCAGGUUUGGUGUCUGCAGGGAGCUGGGUGAACCUGAGCUGCUCCAGCAGAGCCAGACCUGCUGUCAGCUACACCUGGUUCAAGAUCAGUGAUGAUGGAGCAGUCAGAGUGUCUGAAGGAGACUUUCACAGCUUUAAUGUGACGGAAGGAGGAGCUUAUUACUGUGUGGCUGCAAAUGAUCUGGGAAAUCAGACUUCAGAACAGAUUCUUCUGAAUGUUGCAGGAAUGGAGCAGUCCUGGUUGUGGAGGUCCGUCGUUGGAGGGAUCCUUGGGAUCAUCAUAUUCAUCUGUGUGAUAGUCUUCCUCUGGCGGUUGAAAUCAUCUCGUUCAACUUCCCAUCAGAUGCAGGUUUCACAGAGUUUAGUUCUUCCAGAGUCCACCAGAACAGCCGACGAUGAAGAAAUCCAUUAUGGAGAGAUGGAUUUCUCCAGGAUGAGGCCCGAGUCCUUCUCCAGCCCGCAGCAGCCCGACGUCGUGUAUUCACAGAUCCAAAUGAGCCGGACUGGAAACAGAUCAGAACACGCUGCUGAUGGUCCCUACAGUCUUUAUGCUCAAGUCAUGAAAAAGAAAUAUUAAAAAAUAAACUAUUGCACAGAAAUAUGUUGAUCUCACUCCACACAGUAUUGAUUCAUUCAGAUUUAUCAGAUGCAUGCAUGUUUGGUGCACACUGUAGAAAAAAAAAAUGCUUGUAGAUAAUUUUAUUCCAAACACAGAACAUGCAGCUCUUUGGAAAA